AUGCCUUCAAACUACGAAAAACUCUCCCGCCCAAGCGGCGAGACAAACCUCACAAUCCCCGAGAAAGCUGCCACAAAUGCGACCGUAACCGAAACCCCUCGCAUCAGUACAACAUCUACACCCCAAACAGACAAACUCAACCCUUUCGACACCGACAUCGAAGCCAUGGUCACAACACGAACAUCAGACUCAUGCAUGCACAAGACAUCGAGCACCCCCCUCGCCAGAAAGACCGACUGCCAAGUUUGGCCUGGAAAAGAUCACUGGAAGCAACAAGCCAAGGCCGCAAAGGCAAAGAACCGCUGCACCUGCAUGGCCAAGCUUAGCCAACGCAAUCGAUGGAUCGUCAAGGGGCUGAUUAUCUUUCUCGUCGUCGGCAUCGCUGUCGGUGUUGGAUUUGGUGUCAGCAAGCCUCUCAACGCUCCCAUAUGGGGAGACAAGGACGACAAGUAA